AUGCACAAGCGAGCGGCUGUCCUGGUCCGAGGAAGCAUCGCGCAUGUCUUGGAUGGUGAGCAAUUUGUUCGUCACAGAAGUGCAACGUUUCGAGAAGAUCGGCAGCAUAAUGCACUUUGCCAGAUCGGCUUAGCUGUUGCGGCACUACCCUUGAAGCUCAACUUGGUGAAGAUGCAAGCUCCUAACGAUCGUCGAAGCAAAACAAAGUCAGCGGCAUGCAGCCUGGCGAACCAGCGCUCUGCCAAUGACUCUCGACUGUGGUCGACGGAUGCAUGCCCGGAGUUGGACCGCAUGCAUGGCGAUUGGCGCUUACUCAACGAUGAUGUAGAGCACGCUGCUGCGCUCGCCGAAUCUCCUCCAUUCAAGCCCGUCGUAUACGGAAGCAUCGUGUCCGUCGCGAGCUCAUCGCGCAACAACUCGACCGAAGUCAGCCCAGUCGAACUGCCACGACCAGGCUACACGCUGCCACACCAGCACCGCAUCAUACCGCCGAGUAUCAGUGGACAUGGGCGUUUGAUACUGGCCCAUCGAACGGUGCCAUACUGGGUGGGCGCUCUGUUCGUUUUGGGGGCUUUCGCAUGGGCAGUGUGGUGCGCAAUCUACGUGUAUCGCGUCCUGGGCGGAGAUCCGAGAGGUUAUAGAUACGACAACGGACAUGGUCCAUGA